GCAAGAAGAAAGGGGAAAAACUGUCACAUAAGCAUAUAAUGACUACGUAUUCCGUGCAGUUCGAUCGAAAGUGCAUAGCUUGCGUCAAUAGGGCAAAAGUGCAGAAACGAAACAACACCUCUUGCGAAAUGGUUGCAGCUUGUGAAUUGUGAUGAAGAACUUUCGAAUUUUAGAGCAACCUUUUUUUACAAAUAAUUAACGACAUCCGGUUAUUCACAACCACUUCCUGAAGCUAACUGAUCCAUGUUUUCGCGGCUGUUGCUUCUGGUGAAGAACAUUCUCGCCUUGGUAGUCAAUCUACAGCAGGCGCUGCUGUCGUUUGUCCGUGAUUGGCUGCACUUCCGGCGACUGGCCAAUCGCUUUCCUGGGCCCCCCUCUCUCCCGAUCGUCGGCAACUUGUUCGACUGCGGCCUCUUCUCGGGCCUAACCUUCGCCAGGUUGUUUGGCGGCGGAUUUGUCUGGGACCAAAUUGAAUGGGACAGACAUCUCAAAAUUAUACAGCCAUCCUUUCAUCAGUCUCUCCUCAAAAAGUAUGUGACAGUGUUUGACCGAAAGAGCAAUAUUUUUAUUGAAAAUCUUACUGAACAUGCAAAUGACUGUGCUUUUGAUGUAAAGCUCCUAACAGAAGCUCUUGAGUUUGAUAUAAUACAUGAAACUCUCUUCGGUAUCCCUUCAAACCAUCAAACCCAUCCAGAUAAAGAGCUUUCCGAGCAUAUGUUAACAGUACAGAAAGGACUCUCCCAUCGUGUAAGAUGUCCGUGGCACUACAUUGACACAAUUUAUAAUAUAUCUCCUGCAGGACGCACAACGUUAAAAAAUCUAAAUUUUGGACGCAGUUUGCAAGAUAGGUAUGAAGAGAAAUUUAUUAAAAACAUAACCACUACAAAACACACGUUUUUGAAUCACAUGAGCGUACUUGCAGGAGAGAGAAGAAAAACUUCAAGAAAUGGUUGCUUGAGGAAACUCAAUAAAAGUGGU